AUGGACGCCGACGUUGAAGCUACUAAGAUGUAUAUUUCAUACAACAAUGUCCAUCAAUUAUGUCAAGAAUCAGCUGAUAAAAUCAAAGCAUUUGCUCCCGAUUUAAUUAUUGCCAUCGGUGGUGGUGGUUUCAUUCCAGCUAGAAUGUUACGUUCUUUCUUAAAAGAACCGGGUCAGCCCAACGUUAGAAUCAUGGCCAUUAUCUUAUCUUUAUAUGAAGAAAUUGAUAAUGGAAAUGGUAUUGAAAUCCCAGGUACUCAAGUUGUUAGAACUCAAUGGAUUGAUUAUCACCAAUCUAAGAUUGACUUGGUCGGAAAAAACAUCUUAAUUAUUGAUGAAGUUGAUGACACUAGAACCACUUUGCAUUAUGCUGUUAGUGAAUUGAAAAAGGAUGUCGAAGAACAAUCCAAGGCCAAAGGUGUUGACCCAACUUCAACCAAAUUUGGAAUCUUUGUUUUGCAUGAUAAGCAAAAGCAAAAAAGAGCUGACUUGCCUGACGAAAUUAUGAAGACUGGCAAUUACUUUGCUGCUAGAACUGUUCCAGAUUGUUGGAUUGCAUACCCAUGGGAAUCAACUGACAUUGUCUACCACCAAAAGAGAGCUGAAGAACAAGGUAAUGAUGUCUUUUUACCGUCAACUACUAAUGUGUAA